UCUGUGUUUACGGUAAAGUGAAAGCGGAAAUGACGUUUGACAUAGCAACGAUAAACUUAAGCAUAUUGCGAUGUACUUAGCUAAAAACAACUUAGCAUGUUGCUUAGAGGUUUUAUGCAACGGAACUUAAGAAUCUUACUUAGCUAAGUAUAUACUUAAGAAGUUUAAGUAUAUACUUAAGAAAAUUCUUAGAAUUUUUAUGCAUACGACUCCUGGAGUCGUAUGCAUAAACAUUCUUAAGUCCUUAAGCAUAUACUUAAGUAUGAAUUUCUUGCUUAGCAGGUUGAGAUUUUACUUAGCAUAUUGCUUAGCAGAAUGCAUAAAACUUCUUAACUCUUAAGUAUAUGCUUAGUAUAUGCUUAAAGUUAAGCAUGGUCUUUACUUGUCUUAAGUUCUUAAGCAUAUUGCUUAGCAAGAACAAAAUGACUGACAGAAAACAGAGAACAUUCAAACCACGAAUUAAUCCCUUAGAAUCAAUGACAGCAGCAGAACCGCAGCACAUAUUUAGAUUUGAUCAGGAAGGAAUUGAAUUUAUAACAGAUUUAAUUCAAAAUGACAUUAUGCCUUUGACCAACAGAAAUCACAGUGUACCUGCAAUUGUGCAAGUCAUGGUUGCCUUGAGAUACUAUGCUACAGGUAAGAUGCAGCUAUGUAGUGGUGACAACUUUGGUCUUCACCAGUCAACGGUUUCAAGAAUAAUUCAAAGAGUUACUACCGCUCUUGUUCAACCAAAUAUUGUCAAGCGAUUCGUUUCCUUUCCAAUGGACCCAGGAACUAUUCGAAAGCACCAGGUUGACUUUUUUGCCAUUGCUGGUUUCCCUGGCGUGGUUGGGGCGAUUGAUGGAACUCAUGUGCGAAUUAUAGCUCCCAGUGAACACGAAGUGGAGUAUGUCAACCGGAAAAACUUUCACAGUAUAAAUGUACAGAUUGUAUGUGAUGCCAGUUAUAAGAUUUUAGACAUCGUGGCAAGCUGGCCGGGAGCGACUCACGAUGCCAGAAUACUGAGGGAGAGUGGUCUAUUUCAGCUCUUUCAACGACGUUUAUUGCCCGUGAAAUGCCAUCUUCUCGGUGAUAGCGGUUAUCCUGGGAAAGACUGGCUGCUGACACCUUUUUUAAAUCCACAAGCUGGUCCACAGUCACGGUACAACAGGUCGCAUAAGUGCACUCGCACCCUUGUUGAGAGAACAAUUGGUCACUUAAAUAGACGGUUCCAUGUUCUUCAUGGAGAAAUACGUCAGCAUCCUCAACGUGCCAGCAAUGUCAUCAUAGCAUGCGGAGUUUUACAUAACAUCGCAAAAAUGUUCAAUCUGCCCCUCCCUGACGAUGAUGACAACGCAGAGGCUUACAAUGACAAUGGAAAUGCCAAUGACCACAUGGCUGCAGAUAUCCAGGGUACAGAUGGUCGAGCUUACAGAAAUCACAUUGUUUCUGCUCAUUUUAUGUAAACAGAUGCGGGUCAAUUACGGUGUGGGUGCAAACAUUGGUAGGACAUGCGUUUGGCUGUGGGACAGUAACAAAGUUUAUUUGUUG